GGAUCUGUCACUGGACCUCCUUUUCUCCCCCUCGAACAUUUCCAAACCUUGCGUCCUCCUUCACUGUGGUGCGAGGGAUCCAAGAGUUGUUUUUCCAGCUGCAGUCUUCGGCUCAAGAUGCCAGAGCCAACUAAAAAAGACGAGACGACAAAUGGUCAGCCAGAAGAAGGGGUUGCCCCWGACAGUAACAGUGCCCCAACCCUACCUGAGAUAUCCCUGGAGGUUUCUCCCCCACCAGAGACGGUAGGAGAGGGGACUGAUGGGAAGAAACCAGAGCCCUCGGGGCCUGAGCCACUGCAGGCUGGGGUGGCUCAGGAACCAAAACUCAGCGACAAUGGUUCAAACCAACCAGAGCCUAGUGGGGUUGGGGUGAACGAGCAAGCCGAGUCCACUAACUCUCCUGUAAAAGACGAAGGCUCUUGCUCUCCCCCACCACCUGAAAAUGGCAAUACAAUCAAGAAAUUGUCAAUUGACCUGCCUAAUGAUAGUGCCCCUGUGCCAACCAUGGGGAGAAAAGACUCAGUGUGGUCUCUGGGAGAGGGCCAGGCUCCAGAGGACGUGGACAAGCCGAUUGACAACCCACCCCUGUCCACGCUGCUGAUAGAGAGACCCCAGAGUGGAACUGUCCCUGUGG